UUGACAGUGUCAAAAAAAGAAAGAAGCUUCCGUAACAGUUUUAGAUAUUUUUCAUAAAUAUUGCAAAUGAAUCUUUUAUAAGCUUGUAAUAGUUAUUUGGUUUAAAGAUUGCUUGCACGAAGACUUUAUCAUUCUGGAUUCCCAAAAGAGGACUUAUUUAGACAUCUACAAGAUGGAUUUGGCGGAGACAAUGAAGAAUGUGUUAGCAAAAAGCACUGGCAGUGCAAGCAGUGCGGCGAGCUCGUCCGGAGCCGCAACGCCGCACGGUGCCGAAGGAUACGUCACUGAGAAGCUGUACAUGCUUCUGCAGUUGUACUUGCAAAAUAAAGGCUGGAGUCCCAGUAUAGAACUGUUGCAAUGUUUCAGUGACCUCAAAGAAUCCUCUAUGUUGCCGAGUGCUGCUUAUUUACAAAUGAUGGCAUCUAGAGUUGGACUCGACACACAAGGAAGACUGAUAUUGCGAGAAAACGGGAAAAUAAUCUUACCAUAUGAGCAUUUUGCAAAUGCGGUUAUGUUGAAGCACAUGAAUGGUCCACAUGGACUACAUCUAGGUCUGGAAGCCACAGUUAGGGCGGUUGUUGAAUCAUACACAAUAGGAAGGGAACAAUUUGGUAUGGAGAAAGAAUUUAUAAUAGAGGUGGUGCAGAAUUGUCCGAACCCUGCAUGUCGGUAUUACAAGAAUCAACUGGAGAUGACACAGAAAUCAAUUCAACAACAUUUAUCUCAGCAGCCAACAUAUAUUCCAGAGGCGGGCAGUUCGAGCCUGUCUGACAGCCAGGCGGUGGAGCGGCUGCUACGCGGUUCUUUGCCGCAGGACUACCAGCUGCCACUUGGGCCUCACCUCGCUGCCCUCAGUGGUCUGACGGGCGAGAAGUCAGAGCGGCGGUCGCAGGAGAAGCUGUCGCAGCACCAGCAGCUGCUGCUGCACCAGGGCCGCUCGCUGCACGACAAGUACGGCCACACGCGCUCCUCCGCCUCCUCGCAGUCCAGCCUCGACACCAAGGCCAAACAUCAUUACUCCGAUGAACAUAAACUUACCGAUUUCCUAAGGGCGAACUUGGAGAGCCUGGAGGGUCUGUCGGGCGCGGGGGGCGCGGCGGGCGCGGCGGGUGCGGCGGGCGCGGCGGGUGCGGCGGGCGCGGCGGGCGGCGGGCAGGAGCGCGUGGUGCGCGCGUUCGCGGAGCUGGCGCGCAACCUGCAGCGCAUGCGGCCGUGCGUGCGCCCCGCCAUGUGCAAGCCGUACGGCAAGCAGAGCGAGCAGCUGCAGAAGAUUCUGCUGGACACGAUCCAGCUGGUGCAGUCGCUGCGCAGCUACCUGCCGCCGCCGCACAUACAGGUCACCUCCUGGAAGAAUGAUGACAAGCUGCGUUCCAAUAAUAUGGAUGAACUGGAGAGCCGUAAGAUCGUGAGCGGCAACUAGCCCGCGGAGCACGCCGCGGCUGACUCGUAAGCUGUCGCCUGUCACCUGUCAUCAUGACACUUGUCACCUGUCACCUUGACACCUGUCACUCGCGCCUUCAUCCAAUGCAAAGAGAUGUCUUAACUGUCAUCGCAAUUUUAAUACAUUGACAGUAUAAACUACAUAUAUCGUGUAAGAAACUAUUGGGUUAUAUUUGUGCAAUUUUUUUCUAUAUGUCUGUAUGUUUUGGAGAUAUUUUUCUCCGGCACAAACUUGAUUUGUUUAUAUUUAUCCUGUUUAGUUUAAUGCGAUUGUCUAUGCUUUCUUGUUGAUUUUUUUAGGACUUAAAGCUAUCGGUUGAUCUGAAUUCGGUUUUAUAUUAUCGUUACAUACAGUUUUGUAUGAUUUUCUAUUGCUUUUAUAUACUUUAUAUGUAAAGUAUAGUCUAACCAAGAAUAUAAAAAACCAACAUUACUUUCAAAUGUGUGUGAAUUUUUUUUUUCGCAUUAUUGAGUUUUUUAUAUUCUUGGUCAGACUAUGUAUUGUAGGUACAGUGAUGUGAGUUUACUAUCGUAAGUGCAUUAUGUACUGUGAUAGAGGUUAAUUAGAUGUAGGAGCAAAGUCUUGACAUAUUUCACGUAACUUCUACUUAAAUACAUAGUUUGAGAUAACUUGUACAUGUGUAAAUAACAUUUUUGUUCACGCGUGAAGGAAAUGUUAAGAAAAUGUAUUUCUUUAAACAAUGUUCUUAAUUA